AUGGAUGUAGACUCCAGUGGUCUCCUAGAAGCCCGGCUCCAACCCUGGCUUUGGGAGACCUUGGCUGGUUUGAGUGGGGGCGUUCGCAGGGAAAGCUGUGAACAAGCCAUCGGCAUUUUCAAUAUGCCAACACAGGGUGUCACCUCGAGCGGCAAACUCCACUUCAUGCUCCAACAAAUCACCUCUUUGUCGGAGGUCAAAGCCGAAGAUGAUGACGAUGAUGGUGGUGCUCCUGCGGACGGUGAAGCGACUGGUGAAGUUGGCAGUGAUGGAAUCGAUGAUGACCCAGAUGAUGGUGCUCGCGAUGGAGACCCUGCUGAUGUGAUUCUUCGGGACUACUGCUAUCGGCUGAAGUGCAUGUGUAUGGAGAAGGACCGUGGGCUCAAGGUGAAGAAUGCAGUGGCCAAUUUUGACCAAGCAACCCUCUAUGGAAACCGCACUGCUUUUCAUGAGCUCUUGCUGGUCACUUCGAAAGAGGCCAGCCCAUUCCACAAAAGUAAAUUGUGGAAGCAGGCAGCGGUAUUCAACAUCUCAAUGUUGCCUCGGAGUGAGAUGGCCAAGCCUCCCAGAGAUGAUUCUAAGUACGGCUCUGAAGCUCGCUUCACCAAAGUCCAAGAGAUGAAGCAGUACUGUGGUGGCAUCUCCUUUAUCGCGAAGAUUGUUGAGGCCCUUCAAAUCUCAGGUGGAGCAGAGUACCCAACCAUCCUUCUUGACAUGUUGGGCUUUGAUGGCUGGGUAGCCAAGCAUUGCUUGUACCAAUGCGCCAGGGGAAAGAAGUUUGCGUGCGCAACUGUUUGCCACACUUCUUCGGAAGCGGCCUUUGUCAGCAACAUCAUUGGGACCCAGCUUUUCUCAAUGGCCAGGUCCGGUGAAUAUCGAUUGGCUGGCUUCCCUGACUUCCAGGCGGCGGUGAGUGACCUCAAACAAUUCCAACGUGCGCCCAUGCCAGAGUAUCAGGUCUGUGUGGGGUUAGCAGAUGGCACUCUCGUGAUUCGCCAAUCACUGGUGGACUUUUGGUCCCUAAAGCAUGCUGCCUUCAAGGACAAAAUGGACAGCUUGCUAGAAGCCCACAACGCUGAGUUCAACAAGCGCGGCAUCAAGAGAGGUGCAGACGAGUCAAAUGACAGUGCUGGGAAUGGUUCAGAGCCGCCUGCCAAGCGUUUGUGUUUGGACUCUUCCAAAACUACUGAAGAGCUUGAAUCUGAGCAUCCAGAAAGGACUACUCUUCAAUGUGGCGACUUUGCUUUGACCUUGGGAUCAGAUGAAUCCCUGUGGGUGGGUUCUGGGGAGGAGACCACCGUUGAGGAGAAGACAGAGCUCUGGGGCUUUGGUUCCGGAGACUUUGAGAAGGGCUCUUCGGCGAAAGACAUCAUGUCUGACGCUGCGUCGCGUUGGGUCCUCUAUGCCUUGACAAACUCUUCAGACAUUGUCAUUUUGGAAAAGGGAAGACGGACUCCAGAGCAUUUGGAAGACCUGACCUGGAAUCAGGUCAUCUCACUUGGAGAGCUUAUGCGAAGUCUUGAAGACCGUGGAGAAGUUGGCUACUCUGUGGCGGAGCAUCGCAUCACCAAGAAUGAAGCUGGCACGAGCUUUACCAUUGAGCCACUGGAAUCUGUUGUCUUUGCCCUUGAUCCGGUCAAACCCAGGAAGAAGAAAGCCAAGGCUACCAGCGCUUUGAGCUUUGGGGCCAAGCUCAACUUUUCGAAGUUGAGAAGCACAUCAAACAUCAAGAUCAUAUGGCGGUUGAGGCUCUUGGCAUACGCCCAAAGUAGCUGUGGGUUUCUUUGA